AUGGAGCCUAUUUUGGAGAAAGUUGUGGGAUCAGGAAUUAUUUCUUCCUCAGUAUUCACAUCAUAUUCAAAAUCAGGUGUCACUGCAAUUGCUUGCGGUGGAAUUUUAUCAAUAUUUGUUCCAAAAAGCAAAAUUAGAUAUGAUUAUGUAGUAGAUCCAAAAAUUAGGGAGAUUACAGCUUUAGCAUUUUCACCCAGUGGCACAGAUAUAGCUAUAGCCGAAUCCGGACCAAACAGUACCAUUUGGGUUGUUUCAUUUUCGGAUUCAUUUGACAAAAUUAUUUCCACAUAUCCAAUUAAAACAGCACAAAAUGGUUUUUCAUAUAUAGGGCUUACACCCGAAGCUAAAUCAUUAGUUGAAAUCGAUAAUGAAGAGAAACCUUUCUUAUAUUUAUGGGAUUUAACAACACCAAAUGCAUCAGUUAUCGGAUAUUAUCAUUUAUCAGCAAUACCAAAACAUCUACAUAUCUCAUUUGAUGGAAAACUCGCAAUUGUUUCAGGAGAAAAAUUAUUACAAUUUAUAAACAUACAACCAAAAACAGAUAGCAAACAAGGUGAUAAACCAGUCGUUUUACAAUCUCGCAGCGGCGCAAAAGUCAAAUUUAAAGACAGAACCUUUGUAGCUUCUGCAAUCAACCCGAACGAGCCAAAUGACGCUCUCUGUCUUACUAACUAUGGAACACUGGUCAUCUUCGAGAAGGCCGGAUCAAUCUGUUCCCAAAAUACAAAACUUCGGAUGCCAAAAUUUUCGAUUAUACCUGUAGAAUUCAAAGUCAAAGCUACUUCAUUAGCAAUAGACAACAAAAUUAUCCUCAUUGGUACGGAAACAGGCUCCAUUCUUGCUGUCAAAAAAGAUGCAACUCAAUACGUGAUUUUUGGAAGGUUUUCCAUUACAGGGAAGUCCGUUGUAGCCAUAACUCUUAGCAAACGCAUUGUUUCUGCUGCUUAUUCCGAUGGUUCCAUCAUAUUUUGGCUCAGAAAAAUCAAAGAACCUCCUCUUUUAACGAUUUCUAACCAUUCCGGGUCAAUCAACGCUACAAUCACCGAGAAAGAGGGCACAAUGUACACAGCAGGUAGCGAUGGAACAAUUAGGAUCUGGGAUAUCCAAGAAGGCGAAAGAAUUUGCAAACAAAUAAUUGCAAAGCCAGUAGACUUCAAUCAGAGCUUGACAGGUAUCAGAUGUAUCGUAUGUGUUGGAAAUUUCCUUGUUGCAGGUGAUUUUAGAGGUACUUUACAUGUACUUUCGAAAGCAAAUUUAAAUCCAAUACAACAACUACAGAUUUCCAAGCAAGCGAUAACAGCAAUUGCAUCCAACCAAGACACAGUUGUUUGCGGUACUGAUGUUGGUAAGAUAAUUACUUUCCAAGUCGCAUUAACUGGAUUAAUUCAGCUAAAAACAGUAACUCUUAAUAAUCCUAGCACAGUAACAUCAUUAUUAAUUACUGAUGAUGGAAAGAUAAUUGCUGCUUGCGCGGAUGAACUAAGAUUGUUUAAUGGCCAAGAAAUUAAGUCAAUUCAGGCUUCCUCGUUAUCGUUAUCGUUUUUCCCUAACAAGAAAUAUUUUGUUUCGGCCUGUAAUGAUGAUAAUUCCAUGAAGAUUAUUAAAAUUAAUAAUUUUUCCGUUUUCAGAUCUUAUAAUCUGGCAAACGGCUCAUAUCCAGUCAAAGUUUCAGUUGAACCAUCAAGCGGAUUAUUUAUUUCAGCCUGUAUGAGUGAUUCAACUGUUAGAAUUGUUGAUUCUUUCUCUGGAGAACAAAUUUAUGUAAUUUCAUCGAUGUCUUCAUUGAUAACUGAUAUCUCAUACAUAUCAGGUAAUUUUGUCUUAUCAUCUUUCCAAGGUUUCUGUGGAAUUUGGAGACUUCCUGAACAAAUCCAUAAUGCUAUUAAAGAAAGAACAGUUCCAGACGUUCUUAGUUUGCUUAAUGAACAACAUACAACAUCAGCAAACAUGAAGAAUAUGAGAGGAAGCAUAAUGAGAUCAUCAGUUGUUGAUGGAAUGUUCGAAGAGGCCAAAGAAUCAGUCCAAAAUGAUCUGACAACAAUAGAAGAGGCUGGAGAGGAAGAAGAUGACGAAGAACAGAACGGUUCCCAGAAUAUGGUAUUUGAUCAACCAAGACCUUCAAAACAAGGCCAAUACGAGAGCAAAAUUGAUAAUAUUGUGAGAGCUUCCUUUAUAAAGAAAUCUAAAAAAUACGAAAUCGAAGAUGUUGCAACGAAUUUGAAGUCGGUUUUCCAGGAAGCUCUCGAAAUAUUGAAUACAGAAGGAGAUAAAGAAGAAACCAAAGAAUUACGUGAUGUUGUUCAGCAAGCUCAAAGAAAAUGCAUUAAAUCAGAAUGGUUCAAAGAAUUAUUGAAGCAGAACAUAGAUUCUUUUUUGUUGUGUAAAUAA